AGAAGAGUCACCUGGGAGUGUUGGAAUAAAUUUUCAGAAGAAUAGCAGCUUCUUUCCACCUUCAUUUGGUCAGCCCUCUCUUCAAUACAAAGAGAAAGGUAUGAAGAAAUCAGCAAGUGGAUCAGAGAACCUGACAGCAGCCUUUUUCCAGUGCAGUUCUCCCCCUGCUACUGCAGCAACAAAGACAGAUGCGAUCAAAACUGAUCGACAGCAAGUGGAGAAAGAAAUCCAAAUUCACACUGACAAAAAAUGUUGUUUGGAAUGUGGCAAACAAUUCACACAGAAAAAUGAUCUUAAUAAGCAUAUGAAAAUUCACACUGGUGAAAAAACACAUUGUUGCCCUGUUUGUGGUAAGUAUUUCUCAACAAGAAGCCAUCUUCAGCUGCACAGAAAAAUCCACACAGAAGAAAAACCUUAUUGUUGUCCAGAAUGUGGCAAACAAUUUUCUGACAAACGCACUUUUCAAAAGCACACGCAAAUUCAUAAGGAAGAGAAAAAGCAGUAUGUCUGUUCUGAAUGUGACAAAGGUUAUACAAGCCAGAGAAGUCUUGAUAGACACACUAAAAUCCAUACUGGAAAAAAAUCUCAUUGCUGUUCUGAAUGUGGGAAACGAUUCUUAGGUUUAUACUCACUUCAGCGCCACAUAAAAGCUCAUACUGGAGAGAAACCUUAUUGUUGUCCUGAAUGUGAUAAGCAGUUCUCACAACAAAGCACCCUACAAAGUCACAUCAGAUGUCACACUGGAGAGAAACCUCACAGUUGCUUGGAGUGUGGCAAACAAUUCUCACGUAUUGGUUCUCUUUACAUACAUCAAAGAAGUCAUACUGGAGAGAAGCCUUACAGUUGUACUGAAUGUGGAAUGCGAUUCUCAUAUAACAGUUCUCUUCACAAGCAUAGAAUAAUUCAUUCUGGUAAGAAACACAGCUGUUCUGACUGUGGCAAGCUUUUCUCAGACCGUGGGACUCUUAAAGAUCACAUGAGAAUUCACUCUGGAGAAAAACCCUAUUGCUGUCCAGAAUGUGGCAAACGAUUCCCACGUCAAACCACACUUAGGUGCCACAGAAUGAUCCACACUGGAGAGAAGCCAUACACCUGUUCUGAAUGUGGUAAAGGGUACUCUUCCAAAAAAAGUUUUCUGACACACACACAAAGUCAUAUUGGAGUAAAGUCUGUCUAAGAAAUGACAAAUGAUAUUUCCUUUUGCUCCUUAACUAAAAACACUGAAGGAAAAUCUUCUGAAUGAGGUAAAGGACUCAAGUUUAAAGUAGUUAAUAAGUACAUAAGAAUAGUGGAGAAAAUACUGAAAGUGGCAAACAGAUCGUAGAUGUAAGGUGACCUCAGAGCCACAUAUGAAUUCACACUGAAAUAAACACACUGAAAUACAACACAUAUUUCACAAACAACAAGAAUCUUCUUCAACAACUUAUAGAUGCAGGAAAAAACCUCACUGUUGUCCUAAAUGUGGUUAACGCUUUUCAGAUGGCAGUGACUUUUAUAGUCAUAAAUGACUGGCCUACUUGCUGUCCAAUCAGGUACUGGAGAGGGACAGUCGAGGAGAACAGAAGACUAAAAAGAGAGCCGUCACAUGACAGACCAAUGUAGAUAGGAUUAAAAAGACUUUUACACUAAUUUAGGUUAUCAUUUAUAAAUGAUAAAGAGUAUUUACGAACCAAACACAUUCAUCAGCUGUGUGUCAAGGGCGAGUCCAAAAGUAGGAAUUUAAGAAGAUCAAAAUACAAAUAAAAUGAAAAAUUCAGGGUUCAAAGAGAAAUCUUUAAGACCUGAAGAGAGAAUCACAACAGCAUGAUAGGGUUAGCAUGGGGGACCACAGUUGUGAAGAAUAUCAAUUAAGGAAUAGAAGGAAUAUUAUUUAAAAUAAUAAUUAUUUUAUUAGAACUGGGACACCAUAAUGAAUGCAGAACACAGUGAGAGAAAAAACGAAGACAAAGCAGAAAAUACACAGGUAUAUCUGCUGACCCAACUGUUAAUUUGAUAAAUUAACCUAAAAAUAUAACGGAUGUUACUUUGCUCCAUGUCAGUAUAUCCUGGGUGGUGUGUGAAGGAUGCUCUAUACUCCGAAUGUGUUGGUUCAAGUUUCAGUUUGAGUUCAGCACCUUUUUCAUAUCGAUACCCAAGACAACAUUUCUUCAUGUCGAGACCAAUAGCUGGAGGCCACAGGAGCUCAAUAAACUCCAAAAGCAGGAUGGACGAUUAGAAAGCUCUACUUUGAGAGAGUGUCAGCUACACAAAGCUUUGGCUUCAUUUACUGGAUAGAAAACUCCAAAAAGCAGAAGUGGCCCCUUCUGUACCCCCACCACUGAAGGUCAAAUUUCACCCCCUCACUACUUGCUGUUGGUUCACUCUGCUUGGACUUUCUGUAUUUUGUAAGUUUAUGUUUCAUUUUUUGGCCACACUCUUUUUACAUUUUAUUUCAUUGAUGUUCUAAAAUGUGUGAGUAUAGCUUAACUCUUACAAGGACUUAUCUAAAAAGGGCACAUUGGCUAUGAAAAAUAUAAAAAAUGGAAACCACAAAAUCAGGAGGUGAAAAAUGUUCAUUGGCAGACAUGACUUGGACAAAAUCAGAAAGGACAGCACAAAAAAUGCAGGUACUAACUGAAAACAAAAGAAGAAAGCUGAUUGGUGGAAAGAACUGUCAGUCACUCCUGAGUGGACUGUUGAGGGCAGCCGUGACAUGCAGACUUCAAAGUUCAUGUGUUUUGAUUUCAAAUCUGUGACCGUGCACUGAAUAAGUCUGUUAUUUAUCAGUUAGCAUGUUCUGAAACUGUAACGUCAUCUCAAAGAUCACACAAACACGUAAUGUGGCAUUUGUUAUCAGUCACUUCUGUUGAUUUUUAUGGCACCAUUCAUCAGCCCUGUAUAGAGUGCCACUUCCAGAUCGGCAACCCCACUGCACCCCGUAGCACAUUUGGAGUUUGGGACUGGAGCACAAAGUGGAUGGCACUCUGAGAAGGACAGACUUGUAAGACGUGAACAAAGCCAGCUGCCCUCCCUGGUCUGUCUUCAUUCAGAAGGACUCACCUGAGUGGUGGGAUUGUUCUGCGGUGCUCCUGUUAGCCGACAUUUCAUCAGCUUGCUUUCUGUGUUUCAUCUGAUAACCAGCAGAGUUAAUCAAAGAUGAGCCAGGCCUGUUACAAUGUGAAAGUUCUUGACAUUUUGGUUUGUUUAAAUAUUUUUUCUACUUCUUUACUUUGAGUUCUUGAAGGCUUUGUACAUUAGAGAUUAU